AGCCUCUAGAUAUAAUUCUCAGAAGACUGUUUGUGCGCUAUCAGAGGAUCCUUUGUAUCCAUGCUGGCUGAGAGUAUGCGUGGAAUCUGUGUUUCGGGUAAUGCCCCUGAAGAGAUAUUCCGCCGAAGCAUUCGGUGUGUUGACAAUUUGUCUAGUUGCUCUGUUGGUUCUUCUCGGUUUGGUGUGCAUUGCAUACUUGCUUUACGUGCGUUCACGCGUUCUUAGACAAGGAUUCAUUCAGCUUAGUUAUUUCAAUGGACCUUGCAUCAUCCGAAUCACGUUCAUUUUGUUCACCAUCUGGUGGGGUUUUGGUGAAAUUAUACGGCUAAAUUUUCUAAGACGACAAGGAAGAGUGUUUAAUGCACUCAAUUUCAAAUGGCAAGAAAACAUCUGCAAAUGUUACAUCGUGUCAAAUUUAGGUUUUGCGGAACCUUGCAUGUUCCUCACUCUCGUUUUUCUUCUUCGAGCUCCUUUACAGAAUAUAGACACUGGCAUUCUGAGCAGAAAAUGGAAUGGGAAAACAGCGGGCUAUAUUUUUCUCUACUGCCUCCCUGUGUUUGUUCUUCAACUUAUACUUAUUUUGAUUGCACCAGAUUUACGGAAGGAUAGAAGAGAAUUAUCACCAUAUUUCCCAAGGGUAGUUGUUCGAGUGAUGCAAAAUUCUGAUGACAUCGCCCUUUGCACUUACCCUUUAUUGAAUACUAUUCUUCUAGGACUUUUUGCUACCAUCUUGACCAUCUACUUGUUUUGGCUUGGGAGGCGGAUUUUGCAAUUGGUUAUCAAUAGGGGUUUGAGGAGGAGAGUGUACACAUUAAUUUUCUCGGUCUUGAGUUUACUUCAAUUAAGGGUUGUUUUACUUGGACUAUCUGUUUUAUCUAAACCAGAACAAUUUCUGUUUGAAGCUCUUGCCUUCUCAGCUUUUCUUGCUCAACUAUGUUGUGCUGGUUUCUGCAUUUGCAUACUUGUCUGCUACCCGGUUAAGGACUGUCUAGCCCUGAGGAACCUUCAUGACUUGGAGGCUAGGCGAAGGGCUUUUCUCGAUGUUCAAAAUGACUCUGUUUCUCUCAUCCCUAAUCAGAGCCACCCCGAAGGAAGUUCCGGAAUUAGCAGCGAGAUGAGUUUUGAUGCCUCUACCUCAACUGGGGCAUUCGUGCAACUGACCCGCUUCUCUCCUAGCUGAGAAUGCGAUCCCACCAGCACCGCCACUUUGUGGCCAUGGAUCAUCAAGCAAGUAAACAAGAAGAAACCGAGCAGUUUGCGAAGAAGAUCAAUUUUGUGUCUAAGAAAGUAAGCAAGAAGAAACCGAGUAGUUUUUCUUUUUCUUCUUAAUUCAGAUAUGAUGGUUUUGCUGGAUGCAAGCUAUAACUCGAAUCCCAUUUUGUAACACUAUUUUUAACAUGCAUCCAUUGUGUUCAAAUUUACAAAUUCUU